GAGGCGGCGCCGAGGGCUUCCCAAGAUGGCGAACCGGACUGUGAAGGAUGCUCACAGCAUCCACGGCACCAACCCGCAGUACCUGGUGGAGAAGAUCAUCCGGACUCGGAUCUACGAGUCCAAGUACUGGAAGGAGGAGUGCUUCGGGCUCACAGCGGAGCUCGUCGUUGAUAAAGCCAUGGAAUUGAGGUUUGUGGGGGGUGUCUACGGCGGCAACAUCAAGCCCACUCCUUUCCUGUGCCUGACCUUGAAGAUGUUGCAGAUACAACCAGAGAAGGACAUCAUAGUGGAAUUCAUUAAAAAUGAAGAUUUCAAGUACGUCCGCAUGUUGGGAGCCCUGUAUAUGAGGCUGACAGGCACCGCCAUUGACUGCUACAAGUAUCUGGAACCUCUUUACAAUGACUAUCGGAAAAUUAAGAGCCAGAACCGAAACGGAGAGUUUGAAUUGAUGCACGUAGAUGAGUUUAUCGAUGAGUUGCUACACAGUGAGCGGGUCUGUGACAUCAUUCUGCCUCGGCUUCAGAAGCGCUAUGUGCUGGAAGAAGCCGAGCAGCUGGAGCCCCGCGUCAGCGCCUUGGAGGAGGACAUGGAUGACGUGGAGUCCAGCGAGGAGGAAGAGGAGGAUGAUGACGACAAGCUGGAGAGGGCCCCAUCCCCAGAUCACCGCCGGCGAAGCUACAGAGACCUGGACAAGCCCCGUCGCUCCCCCACGCUGCGCUACAGGCGAAGCCGGAGCCGCUCUCCAAGGAGGCGCAGCCGAUCUCCCAAAAGGAGGAGUCCAUCCCCCCGUCGAGAAAGACACCGCAGCAAGAGCCCUCGACGCCACCGGAGCCGAUCCCGAGAACGGCGGCACCGCUCCCGAUCCAAGUCUCCAGGUCACCACCGGAGCCACAGACACAGAAGCCACUCAAAGUCCCCUGAAAGGUCAAAGAAAAGCCACAAGAAGAGUCGGCGAGGGAAUGAGUAACGGAUGCCGCCUGACCAGUGUCUCCUGCCCACGUGGCCAGCCCGGAGUGGCCCCGCCACCGUGGCUGCCGCCGCCCUCGGCCCCU